AUGGCCUCACUUGCGAGCGCGAGGCGGCAUGUGCCACUGGCACAAGAUAUCGAAAUGGCUGGAGGCCGAUUGCGCACGAAGUCGAUAACUGGCAAGAGGAAAUCCCGAUCAGAUGAGGAGACCAAAGGAGAUGGUUUCGUAGACGCACGGUCGUCGAAGAAGAUCCUUGCCAUGGCACAAGACCUUGCAGACGAAGAAUCUGCGGAGAGGAGCGCAGCACAACCACGACAGCCAAAGGGCACGUUCGAAUUCGACUCGCGGUUUGACGAUAACGAGGAGGAAAAGUACCCGCAAGGUGGUGACGACGAGGAUGAAUGGGUGCCCGAAGAGGAAGAGGAGGUAGUGGAGGAAGAGGUAAAUCCUGAAGAAAUGGCAGUCUACAAAAAAUUCCUUCCUGAAGGCGAAGAAUUCGAAGGCUUCGGUUCGUCGCUAGCAGGUCUGAGCACAACUGGUGACUCUAAUGCACGACGAAACGAAGAGGAAGCGACUGGACCAGGAACGAAUCUUACUGCACUCAUCCUACAACGUAUCGCUGAGAAAGAGGCCGAGGAAGACAGAGAAGCUGCAGGACUAGGCCCAGUAAGAGGUGGAGGUGCACCAGAAGAUGCAGUGGAAAUUCCCGCAAGAGUAGCUGAGACUUUUGAAAAGGUAGGCCAGAUCUUGUCAAGGUACAAAUCUGGUCCGUUGCCGAAACCCUUCAAAGUCCUGCCAACACUUCCACAAUGGCCAGAUCUGCUAGCGAUAUCUCAGCCCGAACGAUGGACACCUCAUGCCAUAUAUCGAGCGACUAAGAUCUUCGUCAGUGCCAACACCUCAACAGGACAAUACUUCAUUGAGACGGUCCUGCUAGAUCGCGUACGAGAAGAGAUUGGUGAAACGAAGAAAUUAAACGUACAUCUCUAUAAUGCCAUAAAAGCAUGCUUCUACAGACCGGCGGCCUUCUUCAAGGGCUUUCUCUUCCCCCUAGUCAAUUCGGGCUGUACCUUGAAAGAAGCAACUAUCGUCUCAUCUGUCCUCGCGAAGAUAAAAGUACCAGCACUGCAUUCAGCCGCCGCUCUUCUGCGCCUCUGCGAGAUCUGCGCCGAACAGACAUCGAUGAUCAACAGCGAAGCAGCAGGUGCCGCAAACAUGUUCAUUCGCGUCUUGUUAGGCAAGAAGUACGCACUGCCUUACAAAGUUGUGGAUGCGCUAGUCUUUCAUUUCCUGAGAUUCAGGGGAAGCAAAGACGAGGAAGCUCUGGGUGCUAAUGAAGCGAAACUGCCUGUUUUGUGGCAUCAGAGCUUGCUGGUAUUUGCUCAGACCUAUCGAAACGAGAUUACAGAAGACCAAAGAGAAGCUCUCUUGGACCUGAUCCUAGCUCGCGGACAUGCGCAGAUCGGACCGGAGAUACGGCGAGAGCUUGUGGCUGGUCGUGAUAGAGGCACCGCUCCAACUGAGAUGGACAUUGAUGGUGGUGCAAAGGACGACGGCGACGAUACCAUGAAUAUAGGCUGA